GGCGCUCGGUGGCAUCAUUGUGCCAUUAGAAACUCAAGCGUGAACAGCAACAGGCCGCGUCAGGAACCAAAAAUUUGCAAAUAAUAUUUUCAAUCUCUAAACAAAACAUACAACAAACUCAGAAACAGGAUGAAAUUCGUGCUAACUUUGUGCUUGACCGCCAGCUUCGUUGCCGUACUGCAAGCGGCCACCGUGGCGACUUCAACAGCAGCACCCGCAGCCAAUGUUGCCCCCACCACAGUCGCAGACGACGUAGCUAACGACCUUAUGAUUCCCGACGAUUGUUACCAGCCAAGGGAAAUCGGUCGCUGCUUUGGAAUAUUUCCUCGUUUUUCCUUCAAUUUGAACACUAAGCGUUGCGAGAAGUUCGUUUAUGGCGGUUGCGGUGGCAAUGCGAACAAUUUCGAGAGCCAAGAGGCUUGUCAAAGAAUGUGCAUGCCGAAAAGUCACGAUGAAGUAUCGGACGAAGAAAGCACAACCACAGCGAAAGCUGACGAGGAUGAUGAGCGAGCUGAUAAGCUGAUUCCCGCUGAUGAACCAGUUGAAGUUUAAAGCCGUUGAGAAUCAACUUC